AUGGGAAAUUCAAUUUCGGACGUUUUACAAAAUUCGUUAGAAAAUGAUCAUCACGGAGGAACCACAACAACAACUACCAGCAAGACGACAUCACGAUCCAGAGGAAAUUCCUCUUCUCAAAUUCCUGUAACAUCAACAACAACAACAACCACUCAGGAUCAUCAUCAUUCGGGACUCGGAUCAAAAAUUCCAGAAAAUAUCGGAUCCUUUCUGUGUGAUGUCAAUUUACUCAAUUAUUUGAGUAUUCACUUUUUAUAUCAUUCCAAGUUUUAUUUGUAUUUCGAGUUGAUGAAUCGAGACUUUUUUGAACAUGUCCGAGAGGAAGAGAUGAAAUAUAUUCCUUCCAAAUAUUUGAAAAUUAAUUUAUAUCGAGUGUAUUUUGAUUGUCAUGGUCAUAAGAGUUCUAUAGAGGAGCAUCGAAAGCUACUCUUGCAAUCAUCCAUUCAGAAUAUAGAUCGAACUCAACACGUGGGUUUUGUGUUGCCUUCACAUCUCACAAAGAAUGAACAAAUUUGUCGACAAUGGAAGAUUUUAGAUUUGAAAACUUUUUAUAUGAUACUGGAGAGGGCCAAAACAGAAUGUCAUGUACAUCAAUUAUUUAAUAAUAAUCAACAGGAAAGGCAAAGUCAAAAGUUCCUCGAAGAACGAUCCUCCUCUUCCACAGAAACACCAAAAAUUUCGACAUCUCCGCAUCAACAUGACGAACAAGCCAUGCAUGAUCUUUUUGAAAAGAAAUGUCCUGUUGAAACCAAUCAUGACGAAGAAGAGGAAGCAUCUGAAGAAGAUUUGUGUUGUAUUUGUAUGGACGCACCAACCUCGAUUGCCACUGGAUGUUGUAAUUCACAAUUUUGUGAGCCAUGUCUGCAAGCGUGGAAUCAAAAGAAUGAAACGUGUCCCAUGUGUCGAAAACCAUUAAAUGUGACAGAUACAGACGACAAAACCAAUACAGAUUCAUGGGUGACUGUACAGAAGGAUGAUUUUAUAUUGCCACGAGAGGAAGUUGCAAACCAAUUUCUGAGAUUUAUGAGUGCAUUGGCAAAUCCUCUUCAUUUUCAUUAUUGA